AUGGCGUACCAAAAGCCAACCGACAUCGAUGGCUACGUCACGCAGAUGGCGAAGGCGGACAUGCGCGUGAAGGCCCAGCUGGCCGAGGAUCUCGUGCUGUACCUGAGCGAUUCAGAAAACUCGAUCGAAUGCACCGACCUCGGGCUGCUCAUCGACGGGCUGAUUCCGUGGAUGACCGGAAGUCACCAUAAGAUCGCACAACGCGCCUUGGAGGCUUUCACCGAGCUGAUCGUCCGGCUCGGGCAGGACUUUAACGCCUACACAUCGACCAUCCUGCCGCAUGUGAUCGACCGGCUUGGUGACAACCGAGACACGGUCCGGGAGAAGGCCCAACUGUUGCUGCACAAGCUAAUGGAGUGCCGCGUUGUGGUCCCACAGUCCCUCCUGGACAAGCUGAGCGUUUGCUUCAAGCACAAGAACGCCAAGGUGCGCGAGGAGUUCCUGCAGACGAUCGUGAGCACGCUGAACGAGUAUGGCACCCAGGCACUGUCCGUAAGGAUGUACAUCGCCCCAAUCGUCAGUCUGCUUGGUGAUCCAACACCGACGGUUCGUGACGCCGCCAUCCAGACGUUGGUCGAGAUAUACAAGCACGUCGGGGACAAGCUGCGGGUGGACCUAAAGAAGCGUGAAGUUCCACCGACGAAAGCCGCCAUCUUGGAGCAGAAGUUUGAUGAGACACGCAACGAUGGGUUGCUGUUACCUUCGGCUCUGACGGCGGCCUCUGGUGGCGCUGGUGGUGGACAGGAUGAGCUAGACCGUGCUCCAGUGAUCGAGCGUCCGACACGUCUCGUCAAGCGAACACCUUCAGCUACACCGCGUAAGCCGCUGUUUGAAACGCAAGCGACCGGUUCGGGCGAUCUUCUGCUGGCAGUGGGUGCCGUAUCUCACGACAUCUUCGAGGCGUCCUUCGAGAACGUACCACAGUUGACGAUUUUCUCCCAGCGCGAUAUGGACGAUCACGUGAAGUCGAUCAACACGCUGAUCGGGGAUAAAAGCGUGGACUGGGAGAAGCGAGUGGAUGCGCUGAAGAAGAUCCGCUCGCUGCUGAUGAUCAACGUGCAAGGAUCACCAGGAUUCGUCCAGCAGCUAAAGGAUCUCUCGAUCGCGUUUCUCGACAUCCUGAAAGAGCUUCGAUCGCAGGUGAUCCGGGAGGCGUGCAUUACGCUUGCGUACAUGAGCAAGGUUCUGCGCAGCCGGCUCGACCAGUUCGCCAUCUACAUCCUGCAGGAGCUGAUCAACCUGAUCCAGAACUCGGCGAAGGUGAUCUCGUCCUCGGGGACGGUCGCGCUGAAGUACGUGAUACGGUACACGCACGCGCCAAAAAUCAUCCCCAUCCUGACGCAGAAUCUCAUGCUUUCGAAGUCGAAGGACAUUCGGAGUUCGCUGUGCGAGAUGCUCGGGCUGCUGUUUGACGAGUGGCCAUCGAAGGCACUGGAGAAGCACAGCAGCCUACUCCGGGAAGCGCUCCGUAAAGGCAUGGUCGAUGCAGAUAACGACGCCCGCCGUUACAGCCGAUGUGCCUUCUGGAGCUUUCGGCGACACUUUCCGGACCUGGCGGACAAUCUGUACGGUUCGCUAGACAUCUCGACGCAGCGCACGCUUGAACGCGAGCGGGAAAACCUCGGAACAAACGGUACCAACUCAAUGAGCGUUAGUCUACGCGGCAGUAACAGUAGCUUGAACUCUGUCUCUGGUGGGGUGAUAAAACGAAGACAAUCGUCUGGGCUGCGAAGUCCUGCGACCGCACAACCUCCAGUAAGCGCGACGAGUGUUAGCACGGAAAAUCUCACUACGGUCCCAGGAUCCUCGUCGUCCGCCGGAGCGACACGUCUGCAACGGGCACCAUCGCUUCCCAGAACGUACAAUCGCAACCGAAGCGGCAUCCCUGUUGCUACAACUUCACGCGAAGUGACCCCGCAGCUACAGGCUCCGCAUCAACAGCCACCGGCUGCCCGAGCUGGAGCUGCCGGUGGCUUUCGGAGUGUGUCCGCCGUCGAUACCGCCGCUGCCCAGCGGGCCCGGGCCAGGGCGCAAUAUUCAACGUUGGCCAGACUGAAAGUCACUUCCGGAACGGCGUCCUUGCAAGGACAUUACGCGCAACAAGCACGUGCUAAAAAGACACCGACAUCAGCAUCUGCCACGUCAUCUUCCGCUAGAGACACGGCAACACCACAACAACCUCCUACACCGGAGCGCAAGAUCCGAUCGAGAGCAGGAGUAUCACAGUCACAGCCCACAUCUAGAAGCACAUCGCCGUCUAGCAAACUGCGCGACAUGUACGGUGGUGUAACGUCUCUUUACCGACAAACGGGAACGGUGCCCAAAAAGACACAGUCUGGCAUUCCCCGAUCGCUGGCAAACUCUCGAGAAACCAGCCCGACAAGGUCGCAUAAUCAGUUCGGUUCGUUGCGACGCCCCACGUACGGCACGAGCAGCCCUCGACGGCCGCCUCUGAAUCCAGGACGUCCGGUGUUGGCGCAAAAAAUAUUACAACAAAGCCGCGAGGCCGAGAACGCUCUUGCCGACGCACUAUCGCCCGGUGACGAACACGACAUGCCAUGUGGGGACUUUGCGCGGUUGGCACUGCAUCGGAAGAUUUCGCGCGAUGAAUCCGACGAAAGUGAAGCGUCCUCGGUUUGCUCGGAACGCAGCUACGAUAGCUACCGACGGGGCAAUGAUUCCUUUUCGUGGAAUGGCUCGCGGACGCGGUUGGACAGCUCGCGCCAGGUGAUCGAAGAUAUUGAGACUAUCAUCCAAUUCUGCGCCUCAUCGCACUGGUCGGAGCGUAAGGAUGGGCUGAUUAAUUUAACCCAAUACCUCAGCGAAGGGAAGAUGCUGUCGCAGCAGCAGCUGCAGUGUGUGUUAGAUCUGUUUCGAAAGAUGUUCAUGGAUCCACACAUCAAGGUGUACGCGCUAUUUCUCGACACGGUGAAUGAGCUGAUUCUGUCGCAUUCGAACGAUCUGCACGAUUGGCUGUUUAUACUGCUGACGCGCUUGUUCAACAAACUCGGUACCGAUUUGUUGGGUUCCAUGCACGGCAAAAUCUGGAAAACACUGCAAUUGAUCUACGAGUACUUCCCUGCCGAUCUGCAGCUCCAAUGUGUCUUUCGAAUAUUAGUCGAUAACGUGCAAACGCCGAAUGUAAAAACCCGUCAGGCGACGCUGAAGUUUCUCUCCCAGCUGGCCACGAGCUACUGCACGGCAUCGCAGUUUGUGGUGCACCCGCAAAACCAACAGGUGGUAAAUCACGCAAUACAGAAGAUAAUCCAAACCACACUGGAUCAGAAGAGCAUCGAGUUAAAGUCACAGGCACGCAUGGCGAUCGUUGCUUUAUACAAUUGCAAUCCCUCACAGAUGACAAUGACGCUAGCAAAUCUUCCAAAACAGUAUCAAGAUACAGCAAAAAUCUACAUUCAGCAGAACAUGAGAAGAAGUGCUUCAGGAAAUGAUAGUCCAUCAUCUCCACUGUCGUCUUCAAGCCCCAAACCAUUGCUUAGUCCUCAGCAGGGGCCGUAUAGUUUACAGACCAUCGCUAGUCCACGAUCACGACAGGCAUCGGUUGAGGUAGUAGCCGAAUCAAUGAACACCGAGGAAGUGUACAAGAAUCUGCGCAAAACCACCGCCGAGAUACAGAAUUACAGCUUCGAGAGCAAACUUGAUCGUGACACCAACAGUAAGGAUUCCGGUAUCAGCCAAAUGGGUGAAACGCACAUGAUGCAGUCGAUGUCGGUUUUGGACGGAGUCGGUCACGGUAUCUAUGGACUGCCAUCAAACGGAAUCAAUGGCCAUUUAGGAGGUGGUGCGGUUAGUUUGGAAAAGGAUGACUCGUGCAAUGGAUCGAAAACGCAGUCUGCUACGACGACGGAAUCUAACACGCCCGAAAAUACUGUACGGCUGGAUAGCAUGGACCUAGCCCACAAGACGAUAGCACAACAGCAGAUGAUGCAGCAACCGCGCCCAACCUACAGUUUUGCUGAAAACGGCGAACUUGUACUGGAAAAAGGUGUUAAGGAGAACGAUGUCAUAAAGGCUGCGAUUGUUCUGACGCUUCAAUCGCCACCGGAAACCACAAAGCAGGUGUUAGAAAAUUUGCAGAUUUGCAUCAAGCACGGUUCCUGUGAACUACCAAUUAAGAAUUUUAAAGCAAUUAUGAAAAUGCUGCUCCAUCUGAUGGAAUCGCAGAAUAACGAUGUGCUAAUAGCAUCGCUCGAUACCCUCGGUCGUAUCGUGCGCAGCACAGAGAUGAAGGCCUGCUGGAGUAACUUCCUUGAGCUGAUUCUAUUAAAGAUAAUAGACUGUUAUAAAAUUAGCAAAGAGGUGUCACGGGAGAUCGACAUCAUAGUACUAAAGAUCGCGGGUGUGUUACCGCUUGACACUUCCGUGAACAUACUGAACCCAGUCAUCGCGACCGGCGACUUUCCGGCUAAUCUGUGUGCCCUAAAAAUACUGACCGAAUUGACGUACAAGCAGGGCAAGCAUCUUACCGAUAAUCACCUGGAUAGCAUAAUGCCAAAUGUAGCUAGGCUCGCCGAUGAUACUCAAUCUAUGGUACGGAAGGCGGCAGUGUUCUGUAUCGUUAAACUCUAUAUUGUGAUGGGCGAAGAGAAAGUAAAACCAAAAUUCUCCUUAUUGAACGCGAGUAAGAUAAGAUUAUUGAACGUGUACAUUGCAAAGUCAAUGAAUGGCAUUGGAGGUAGUAGUAGCAGCAGUAAAGGAGGACCGUCGACGACAGCGAUGUCAUGAUCCAAAAACGCCAAGUGAUUAUUAUUCAAAGGACGCAAAUUUGCUAAAUUGCUUUGUAAAUUUCGUAGAAGCAUCUCCGUUAUCCAAGAGUAAAUUUAUUUAUAAUCCUAAUACCUACCGCGCCUACUACCACACCUACACCUUCCUGUGUGCGUUCGACCAACGUUUAACCGGUCGGAGCUUGUCGUCCGACGGGGAUGGGCACAUUAGUAACUAUUAAUUCUAUUGCCUAUUGCUUUAACGAGAAGCGGGCGAAAACAUGAAAGAGAAUGUAAUGGAAAGUGGCAGUAGAUUGUGUAUGUGUGUUUAUGUGUCAGUGUGUGCCUCUUACAUGUACCACUUACUUCGUUGACCCUCCAACCUCCAACCUUUAUAUGAUUGUGCUGUAGUAGCUCAGAUGAUGUUGCUGUUUCGAACACUCUUGGGAAUGGUUCCAUGGGAGAUCGAUUUUUUACUAACUCAUAUGGUAGCGGAUUUUUGUUUCUACACAUAUUUUUUAAAUAAAUUUGUUCCAAACACUGUUAAACUUUUGGGACGUCCGACAACAUCAGGUGUGUCUGUAGGUGGAGGGCGGUUGAUGGGUCACGUAAAGUAGUAUAAAGAAUUUAUAGCAGAUCGCUGUUUGAGAGCAGUAACUUUGGCCACAAGCUUCGCACAAGUUACUGAUGCGUGCAGUUUGAGCUAACUAAACCGGAACCUGGAGGGGAAUAAUUGGCCAAAUGAUGAACAUUCGAACGAUGAUUUUAUUGUUUAAGAAGACAAGCUUAACGAAAUAAAAAAUAAUAACGCCUGGUAAUAAAAAAAUAGAUGUGAAGACGAAACGAGCCAUCAGCCAUUCGUGAUGCAAAGAAUAGAAAAAAAUCGAAAUGCAAUCCUUGAGCUCGUCCUGUUUGCCUCAACUAACGGUUCUUUUUCCUAAAUGCUUUACACGGAGCUUAAGUUGCCCGGAAUUUAAGUUACAUGUUAAAAGAUUAUGAAUUUUUUAACUAAUUGUUUGUUUGCAAAUAGUUGGUCGUUACACUGGGAAUUGUUUUGCCAUUAAAUGGAAGUUUCCGUUCGAUAAACCGAAUUGCUUUCUUUUGACUGUUGCGAAAGUUUAUCGAAAGGAACGAUUGAAGAUCGGCGUUUGAGUUCAACAAACAAAAAACGUGCGAGCGAUGAGCUUCUAUUCCCAUGCUUUAAGCUCGCGAUUAAAAUCACCGAACGAAACACGAAAAACACUACUGCUGCAGCAAAAAUAUAUGAAGUAUGUAUUCGACACAUAACAAACAUGCACGGAAAGGCAAUAAUCAAUCUAAAUAAUCAAUUAUUCUCAUGAUUGAAGUGCAUUCCUAUUGCUUGAGUAUGGUGUUAGUGAAAAUGAGAAAAAAAGCGCAAGGAUGGUUUUUAUAACCUGUAUGCUAUUGGAUAGACGAAACACACACACGCAUUGGAGUUGCUAUCGUAUGUAUUUGUAUAUGAAUUAACUUUACGAUGGAUAAUUUAAGAUUUAUCGACUGUAACAAAUCUCUUUAACGAUUUAUAAAUUAAACGAACACACACAGAGCACGAACAAAUGCGAAAAGGACGAGAAAUGGAUAAAAAAAAGGCAAUACAAGUUCUUUGCUGAAUACAUAACACACUGAUCGAUGAGGCGGAAAGGGAGAAAUUACAAGAGAGAGAAGACUACCUCUACUCGGGAUGUCUAGUCGCGUAAAAGUUAAGGAACAAAGUGCAAACGAUCAGUUCGUUCUUUGUCCGUGGUACUAGCCGGUUCAAAACGUUGAAUGUAAAAAGUAAGAAAAGACACACAUCCAUGAGUCGAUAACAGGAAGUAAUGUUGUCAUGUUGAGAUGUGAGUUGAAACAAUGAAGUGAAAAAAAUAGUUUUUGAGUAACAAAAGAACACAUUUGACUACGGGGAGAUAUGGAGGAGGAGUACGUAAUGCAAAUUAAAUAUGCGUAAUCAGCAAGAUGUUACUGCACGCAAAGGAUAGUAAAAGCGAACGAGAAGAAUACUAAAGGAUUUAAUUCCAGACGAAGUUUAACAAUAUUCAUAAAUCCCUUUACUAAUAAAGUGGAACCGAAGACUCAAUAAUAGACGCGGCGUCCAUGGGUGGAGUUUA